AUGCUGCCACCGGUGCGGCCAUCUGUGCCUUCGGCUUCGCUGCUGCGUUUUCUUCGUUCCCAGUUUGGCUGUGCGACUGGAUCGUCAGCCUCCCUUGGCCCCAAGUCGUGUAUUCCAAGCCACCAGACCCUCACGACACGCCCGCGGAAUUCUUCGACUCUGGUCCGCCUUGGUCAAUCGCGAUGCAGCGCUCCGCCUAGUGCAGGACCUCUAGGUGGCCCCGUCACUCGGAGGAAGCCUACGGCGCUUCAGCAUCUUUCGCCCUCCUUGACACUCACCCGGCACUCGUCCACGGUUCGCAGGCCUUUUCUUCGCCGACUUCUCGACUUCAGACGAAGCAAAACCUCCGAUCUGCAAAACCAGCGUGGCCAGAGCCCUGGUGUGUCAGAUGAUGGAGGUGAGGGUAUAUUCAAUAUCGGGCGUGGUCUGUCUGCGAAGGCUUCGAAUGAGCUCAGAAUUCGAUGUACCGAAUUCGAUUUGAACGGCGACGUCACGUUAGUCAAUGGGGAGUUUCGAAAAUUAGAGUUAAUUGCAAAGUACGGCCUGCUCCCUCGUGACCUUCGAAAAAUUGAUUCGUCAACUCUGCCUCAUAUCCUUGUGCGACCCAGCGCUAUUCUUAUUAAUCUAUUGCACCUGCGCGUCCUCAUCAAGGCCGACCGUGUUCUCGUGUUUGACGCGUAUGGAUCCACCGAUUCCUACAUGCAAUCAUUGUUUGUUUACGACUUGGAAGGGAAACUGCGACAAAAGAGCUCUCCGUUGCAAGCGGGUCAGCCGCUACCUUACGAAUUUCGUGCUUUAGAAGCCGUCCUUAUCAGCGUAACGGCUGGACUGGAAGAAGAAUUCAAUGGCAUUAGAGAACCAGUAGUUCGAGUUCUUCGUGCCCUUGAAGAGGACAUUGACCGCGAUAAGCUCCGAAACCUCCUGAUCUACUCCAAAAAGAUCGGCACUUUCGAGCAAAAAGCCCGUCUGGUCCGAGAUGCAAUCGACGAUCUGCUCGAGGCGGAUGAUGAUCUCGCGGCCAUGUACCUGUCUGAAAGAGCGACGGGUAGGGAACGCGAAGAGGAUGACCACCAAGAAGUUGAAAUGCUCUUGGAGUCUUAUCACAAAGUGUGCGAUGAGAUUGUGCAGUCCAGCAGUAAUCUAGUCACGAACAUUCGCAACACAGAAGAAGUUGUCAAGGCAAUUCUCGAUGCGAACCGCAACUCUCUCAUGCUCCUCGAUCUCAAAUUCAGCAUCGGCACCCUGGGUCUCGCUACCGGGACUCUGUUCUCCGCUCUGUACGGAAUGAACUUGAAGAACUUCAUCGAGGAGUCUGACUUUGGAUUCGGCGGAGUCUCCAUCGCAUGUUUUGCCAUCAGCGCAGUAGUCUGCGUAUACGGGCUGGCAAAGCUCCGGAAGCUCCAAAGGGUCCGCAUGUGGGUGCGUUUGGUCAACCGCGGACCAAUUGGCGAGCCGAUUCAAUCGAGCCUAUCUGGGGGGAGCCUCCCCGGCGAAGCGCGAUCCGACCGAAUUAAACGUCUCCGCGAAAAUGCGGCGGCUCAUGCGGCUGCCAAUGCGUCAAAAUAUGCUGCAGCUGCAGCCUCGAGGUCGAGCGGGGCGUCCUCUGCUUCGGCAUUCGAAGAUUCUUUGCGCACUGAUAGUAUCAAGACGAAUCCAAAGGACAACCAUGCGUAA